AUGGCUCCUAGCGCGAAAAAAAUCGAGUAUGAAUUCGGUGGACCACUGGGUGCUGCUGGAAUUGUGUUUGGCCUGCCGGUGCUUGUGUAUGCCUUCUUCUUUGCCUGCAAUGACACAUCUGGCUGCCCUGCGCCCGGCCUGCUCAGCCCCCGCAACCUCACAUGGGAUGCGCUCAAGACUCAGAUCCCCUGGCCCGAAGACGGGCUCGCUGGCUUCAUCACCCUCGAAGCAGCUGGCUGGACUUUUGCCUACUAUCUCCUGAGCUUGGUGCUCUUCCGUGUCCUUCCGUCACAGAAGGUGCUUGGCGCGAAGCUGCGCGAGUCCGGCCGCCCUCUAGAUUAUAGCUUCAACGCGUUUUCCUCUACCCUUGUCCAGGUCACCGCGUGUGCAGUUGGCACCUAUGUGUAUGGUGCCGACUUUGUUGUCUGGCGAUGGAUUGACAAGAACUAUCUGCAGCUGCUUACCGCCAAUGUCCUCUUGUCGUGGUUCAUUUCCAUCUAUGUCUACGCCGCCAGUUUCACGGUGAAGACUGGCAACAGUCAGCUCCGCGAGCUGGCCAAGGGAGGCCACACCGGAAGCCUCAUCUACGACUUCUACAUCGGCCGCGAGCUGAACCCCCGUAUCACGCUGCCGAUUUUCGGUGAAAUUGAUAUCAAGACCUGGCUUGAGAUGCGUCCAGGUCUUACCGGAUGGCUUCUACUUGACCUUGCCUUUAUGGCCAAACAGUAUCGUAACUACGGCUACGUCACAGACAGCAUGGUUUUUGUGACUGCCAUCCAGGGUUACUAUGUGCUCGAGGGCCAGUAUGCCGAAGCGGGUAUUCUCAGCAUGAUGGACAUUAUUACCGAUGGCCUGGGCUUCAUGCUGACUUUUGGCGACAUUGUUUGGGUGCCGUUUAUUUACUCGACACAGUGCCGCUACCUCGCUGUUUAUCCCACCCACCUCGGCUGGCCUGGUCUGGCUGCUCUCGGCGGUGUUUUCGCUAUUGGACUCUAUAUUUUCCGCGCGUCCAACACGCAAAAGGCCGUCUUCCGCAAGGCGCCCGAUCACCCGAGCGUCGCUGGCCUGUCCCACUUGCAGACCAAGCGCGGCACCCGUCUCUUGACUUCAGGCUGGUGGGGAGUCUCACGCCACAUCAACUACUUUGGCGACUGGAUGCAGUCUCUGCCCUUUAGCCUGGCUGCAGGUCUGGCCGGAUAUGUGAUUCUGCCUUCUGGCGCCAUGGCGGCCGCGGAUGUGCUGGGCUAUAGAAUGGCCGAUGGCACUGAGGUCGUGCAGAGUGUUGCGAAGGGAUGGGGAGUCAUUUUUACUGCCUUUCACGCCCUGUAUUUUGCUGUUCUAUUGAUUCACCGAGAAGGCAGAGACGAUGCUGCCUGUGCAGAGAAGUAUGGCCCUGAUUGGGAAAAGUACAAGUCGGUGGUGCGAUGGAAGAUCCUCCCCGGUGUUUACUAA